CAAUUACAGUGUCGGUAAUUUGAGGUUACGUCGGAAUUACAAGUUUUGUUAAAAUCAUUAAUUAAAACUCGCAGAAAUGAGCAUAAGAAGCUUUAAUUUGAUCAAACGAAACUAUUCGCAGUCAAACUCGAAGUUUUUCGUGACAACGCCAAUUUAUUACGUAAAUGCGAGCCCCCACAUUGGUCAUUUGUACAGUUCUGUGAUCGCCGACGCGCUUUAUAGGUGGCAGCAGGUGCUCGGCGCGGGUAAAUUUAAAUUUUCAACAGGUACCGACGAACACGGUUCAAAGAUUCAACAAGCGGCUCAUAAAAACAACACAAAUCCUUCCGAUUAUUGUACGAGAGUGUCGAGUGACUAUAAAAGGUUGAGUGAAGUGUUUAGUAUCAGUUACACCGAUUUCGUGAGGACCUCGGAUGAGGAGCACAAGAAAUGCGUUCAUAAAUUUUGGAACGUUUUGAAGAAUAAGGGCAAAAUCUUCUCGUCGAAAUAUGCGGGUUGGUACUGCAUUUCAGACGAGUCGUUUCUAACUGAAUCCCAGUUGAAAGAAAAAGUCGGACCGGAUGGUCGUAAAACAAUUAUAUCCGGGGAAAGCGGUCAUCCAGUCGAGUGGAUCGAGGAGGUGAACUAUAUGUUUCCGCUUGGGUCUUUGCAAGACGACGUUAAAUAUUGGCUCAGGAGCGAGAAUGCGGUUAGACCGGCAAAGUUUCAAAAGAUUUUGCUGGAUAUGGUCAGCAAGGGCCCUUUACCGGACAUUUCAAUAUCGAGGCCGGCGUCUCGGGUGCACUGGGGCAUACAAGUACCGGACGACGAAACUCAAACGGUUUACGUAUGGCUGGACGCCCUCGUCAACUAUUUAACCGCCGCCGGAUAUUCGCAUGCGAGUUUACACCAAAUUUGGCCUCCCAACGUCCAAGUUAUCGGCAAGGACAUUCUCAAGUUUCACGGGAUUUAUUGGCCCUCUUUUUUGAUCGCCGCUGGUUUAGAUCCCCCCCUGUCGAUUUUAUGUCACUCGCAUUGGACCGUCGAUGGCGAAAAAAUGUCCAAGUCGAAAAACAACGUCGUUUGUCCGUUCCAAAGAAGUGAAAUAUACUCCAGCGACGGUCUCCGCUACUUUUUACUGCGCGAAGGUGUCGCACACAGUGACGGUAAUUACAGCGACACGAAAGUCAUCCGCAUCUUGAAUUCGGAAUUGGCCGAUACUUUGGGUAAUUUAUUGAGUCGGUGCUGCGGAACUGCCCUAAAUCCUCAUCAGACGUUUCCGAAAAUCGAAGCUUCGGCCUUCGAAAGCGUCGCCUCAUCCGACGUGACGAAGAAGUUAAUCGAAGACGUCGCCACGCUUCCAGACGUUUGUAUGGGUCAUUACUCUAACUUUAACUUCUAUAAGGCCGUGGAUAGGGUAAUAGCAACUCUUCAUCAAGCGAAUUUGUUCUUUGAAACUUUCAAGCCUUGGGAAUUGAAAAAAGAAUCGGCCAAGACGAGGGAGUUGGACGUCGUCUUGCAUUUAACUUUAGAAACUUUGAGGGUUUGCGGGAUUUUGCUGCAACCUAUUAUUCCGAAUAUAGCGUCUAAUUUAUUAAAUAAAAUCAAUGUGGCGAGAGAGAGACGAACUUUUAGCGACGCCAAGAUAUUAUCAUGGGACGAUACCAACUUCGUCCGCAAGGAAUUAGCCAAGGAUAAGACGCUCUUGUUCAAACGGAUCGUUCUAGAAGGCGACAGGAAGAAAACCAAACAAUGACUUCGUUUCUCAUUUAGUAUUAUAUUUCCUCCUAUAUUUUAUUCAUGUAUGUACAGUAACAAUUAGUUUAACAUCGAUAAAGGGUAUAAAACAUUCACUUCUCUCUAUAUGCAAUAGAUUUUCGGAUAGAAGUUCACAUCGAUUUAGAUAUUUACAGAAAUCUACACAUUUUUAUACAGAUAUGCUAACCGGCGACUCAAUAAAUCGCAGAAAUUG